AUGUUUAACUUACAAACAGGACCGAAAGAAGUAUUUCCAUACAACUACUACAGCAGUGUUUUGUUAGCAAAUGACAACAGAACUGGUGUCAUUUCUGAAGCAUGUAAGUUUAUCCGGGAUGCAGAUACAUUCAUGAAAAACAUAGAUUCCAUCAAAGGUUGCAGAAUAGAUGAGAACCACUUCGACUUAGAAAAGUAUAGCACAUUUUAUUGCAAACAAGAUGUAAGAAUUUUAAGAGAAGGUUUUGUUAAGUUCCGCAAUGACAUAUUGAAAGAAUUUGAUUUAAACGUUUAUGACUACGUUAGUAUUUGUUCAAUUGCUAACAAAUUGUUUGAGAACAGAGUGUACUUCCCGAAUGGAAAUUUAUAUGACCUCUCAAAUAAACCAAGAGAAUUUAUUUCACGCUGUAUUCAAGGUGGAAGAUGUAUGCUGUCAGAUAACAUUAAACAAAAGAGCGAAAAGAAACUCAUUGCUGAUUUCGACGCUGUUUCAUUAUAUCCAUCAGCUAUAGCAAGACUUUAUACUUUAGAAGGUAUACCGAAAGUAUUGAAGAAAGAAAUGUUAAGCACAGAGUAUCUCAUGAGACAUUUAUUCGAUGACGACCAAAAGGAACCCAUUGGUGAAAAGUUUAUGUCUGGCUUCUUUGUUCUCAUUAAGAUAACAGAGAUUGGAAUACAUAGACACUUUCCUUUAAUAGUUUGUGACCCUGAACUAAAUCCAGAACUUAACGUUCCCAGAAGUUCAAACACUUGCUGUUUAAUGUAUGUUGACCAUAUAACAUUACAAGACCUCAUAAAAUAUCAAGGUGUCAAAUGUGAAGUGUUGCAAGGAUACUAUUACGAUGGAAACAGAGAUAUUAGAAUAAGAGAUGAAGUAAAGAAGUUGUUUGAGUUAAGGUUAAAGUAUAAGAAAGAAGGAAAUCCUUUGCAAGAAAAUAUAAAGCUCAUUCUGAACAGUAUUUAUGGCAAAACUAUUCUAUCUCCUAUUGAGUCAAAAAUAACCAUAGUAAAUGACAAAGAUGCUAUAAGAUAUGCCAUCAGAAACUACAACCAUAUAGUGAAGUUCGAAGGUUUGGAUGGUUCAGAUAAAACUAUUUUCAAGCUAACGAAAAGCAUUUGCAGACACUUUAACUUCUGUCCACUUGGUGUUAACAUUCU